CUCGAUCACACACUUCUCAUCGCUCCCUUCGCCAAACAGAUCGAUUCGACAUAGCAGAGCUCUCUUGGAUCUGAAUCAAAGCCCAAGACUUGAACCCUAGGAUCAACUUCUCCGCAGGAAACAAUACACACAACAGGAUAAAAAACAACAACAAAUGAACAGCUUCAAAAUCGCAUUCCUAGCCAUCGCCUUUUUGGCGUUGGCCAUCUUCGCCGCCAUUCUCGUGAAAAAACUCGGCGCCCUGAGAGAUCCUCUUCAAGUUUGGGAGGCCCUCAAUAAUAUCGGCCUUUUGCCCAUCCGUAUGAGAGCUUGGAUCUUUUCGACUGUCGUCGGUUUCGCCAACCCCUACUCUCGAUCCAUCAAUUUCCGCAUCACUGAAUUGAGGAAGGGCAAGGCGUGUGGAGUCAUGAAGGAGACCAAAAAGAUUUCUAAUCCAUUCCGCUGCGUCCAUGCAGCGGCGUUGAUUACAUUCGGGGAGACUGUCGGUGGUCUCGCAGUGUUUACGUUGCUCGGCAAGAAGGACCGCGCUAUCCUCACCAAUAUCAAUGCCGAGUAUAUCAAAGUAUCUCGUGGACUGCUCACUGCUAGCUCAGUCGUUCAGCAAUUGAAGGACAGAGAGGUCAAGGAGGUUGUUAACGAGGUCCUAAUUAAGAAUGCGGCCUUUGAAACCGUUGCAAAGCUUACGCUGACAUGGAGAGUAGACCUCAAGGAUAAGUAAGUCCGCAGCCCAGAAUAGUACAUUGAUGUACAUGUACGGGAACACAUAUACCAACCACUGCACUUUAUUCUCAAACGCAAAAGGUUCGAUGGUAGACACCCGGCUCAAACAUUCAGCAAUAAACAUCAAUCUGCC